AUGCCAAAAUCUUGUCGCCCAGAACUAUUUGCGGUGCUCGCUUUCAAUGUCGAAUUAGCUCUUGUGCGUGAUAAAAUUUCGCCGCGAUCCGCUGAUACAGCCGGUAUGUAUCGGCUGCAGUUUUGGCGUGACGCUAUUGGGGCAAUUUAUGGAGAUUCAGUGGCGCCCAUACCGAGACAACCUGUGGCGAUAGCUCUUUGUUCAUUCGCACCGAACGCGUCUAUGCCGCUACUGGACUCACUCAUUAUUGCUCGUCAAAAAACUAUAGGCGAUCGACCGUUUCGUUCUCUAGAAAGUUACGGUAUCGCUACUUCUGGCGCAUUAAUUUGCCUUCAAGCUGAUGCUCUUGCACGAGUUUCUGCUAUUGAAGCUCUUCCGGAGACGGUUACCAGAGCUGCUAAUGAGCUCGGUGCUGCCUACGGGGUUAUCAACUUGGUUAGGUUGGUGGCUGUGAUUCCGACGUUGAAUUAUGACGCUGAUGCUCUUGCACGAGUUUCUGCUAUUGAAGCUCUUCCGGAGACGGUUACCAAAGCUGCUAAUGAGCUCGGUGCUGCCUAUGGAGUCAUUAACUUAGUCAGAUCGUUCCUUCCUCUACUGCAAAAAGGUGUUGUUUUGUUACCUGAAGACCUCAUGACGAUACACAACUUAACACCAGAUAAAGUGUACAACCGUAAAAACCCUGAUGCUGUGAUGCAGCUUGUGAAGGAUCUGGUUAAGGUCGGCUGUUCCUCGCUCCUUUAA